AUGCUUAUUAAUAAUGAAAAUAAAAUAAAAUACUUAAAAGAUAUUUUAUAUAGAGAAAAAAGUAAAAAAAUAUAUAAAAAUAUAUAUUAUACAAACAAUAAUAAAUAUCGUUUCAAAAAUAUAGGUUAUUCAAAAAAUAUAUAUUAUAAUAAUACAUAUAAAGAAAGAAUAGUUUUUUUAUAUCAAAAUAAAACGUUAAUACAAAUUAUUGGAACUAUUAAAUCAGAAAAAUCUAUUUUUUUACAAGAUUAUAAACAAAAUGAAUUAUAUAAAAACAUAGAACAUAAUCAAUAUAAUGACAUUUGCCAAAAAGAAAUAAAUAAUGGACAACAACAUAUUCUGAAAAAUAAACAAAAUUGGAAUAAAACAAAUAAAUGUGUAACUAAAAUAAACAAACUAUGUAACAACAACUUCAAAUCGGAAAUAAAAGUAACUAAGGAUGUUAUGAAUAAUGAAAAAAUAUAUAAUAGUGUAAAUUUAAAAAAAACGGGUGAAGAAAAUAUUUUGAAUAAACCUGAAAACUUAAAUAAAUUAACAAAAUAUAUAAAACAUAAAAAAGAAAAUAAAAAUAUGAUUAUUAUUAAUAAAUAUAUAGAAAGAUAUGAACAAAAUGAAAAUAAAAAAAAUAAGUUAAUAAUAAAAUAUGAAUUAAAAAGUUUAAAUAAUAUUAUGUUAAUAUUAAAAAAAUGCCAAGAAUACAAUUAUAUAAAUUAUACACUAUUUGAAGAUAUAAUAAAUGAAUUAAUAUUAUAUAUAAAAGAAAAAUAUAAAACUAUAGAUUUAAAAAAAUUAAUAGAAAUAUCCAACAAUUUUAUAAAAUUUAAAUACUAUAAUGAAAAUUAUAACAAUUAUUUAUUUAUGUUUUUAAAUACUAGACAAACAAUAACUAACACAGAUCUAAUACAUAUAUUAUAUAUAAUUAAACAAAAUGAAAAUAAAAUAAAUAAUUUAUCUGCAUUAUUAAUAUAUAGAAUAAAUUUUAUAAUUAUUCAUAGAUUAUAUUCUUUUUCCUUAAAUAACCUAUAUAAUAUUUUAAAUUUUUAUAUAAAACUAAAUAAAUAUAUUUGUAUAUUUAAGGAAAGGAAAAAUGGUACAUAUAAAAAAGGUCAAACUAUUUAUAACACAUUAUUAAAUCAUGAAAAAAAAAAAAUAUACGAAAAAAAAUGUGUGCAAUCUUCAGGAAAUUUUGAAUAUUUUUAUCAAAUUGGCAAUGAUACUAUAGACAAUUCUAAAUAUAAAAAGACAAUAACCAAAAAAAAUUCUAUAAAUUUCAUAUUCCGUUUAAUAAAUCUUUUAAAUAAUCAAAAAAUUAAUGUAGAUCAAUUAUUUCGUGUUAUAAAUAUUCCAGAUUGUGUUAAUGAGCCUUUUUAUAUAUAUAUAACGAAUAAAAUAAGUGACUUUUAUUUAAAAAAAAUAAAAAGUGAAUAUGUAAUUUAUAAUAGAAAUGAGCGGAAACGCUUGUACAUAAUAAGAAAUCAACUUUUGCAAAAAGAGGAAUCUCAAACUUGUGAAAGUGAACAAAUAUACCAUUCGAUAAAUAAAAAUGGCAAAAAUUAUGCCAAUCCCAAAGUCGAUAAUAACAUAAUUAUAAAAUCUAAAUUAACGCAACUCAGUUUGAUAAAAAAAGUGAAAAAAAACAAAAUUAAUUCAAGAAUGUUUAUACCCCUUUUAAGGCUACAUAAUACAAAUAAUAACACAUAUAAUAAUAAGCUAUUUGAUUUUUUUUACUACACAUAUAAACAUAUGAAUAUAAAUUUUAAUCCAAAAGGGCUAAUGAUAACAUUUAAUAUUUUUUCAAAAAUGUGGAAAAACAUAAAUACUGAUGUUUUAUAUAUGAUAACAAAUCUUAUAGAGCAAAAAAUAAAUUAUUUUAAUCACGAAAAUAUAAUAAAUAUAUUAGACAGUUAUUCAAAUAUAUCAAAUGAAAAAAUAAAAAAAAAUAAUUUAAAUUUCAUAAUACGUUUUUUAUUUAAUAAUAAUAAUAUAAUUUAUUUAAAUGAUACACAAAUUCAAAUUUUAUUAAAUUUUGUUAUAAAAAAAAAAAUAUAUAUCAAUUAUGAUGCCAUAUAUUAUAUAACAAAUUUUAUUUUAAAUCAUAAACCUUAUUAUAAAAAUUUAAAAAAUGUGUAUUUAUAUUUGUUUUAUCAUUUUCAUUUUAAUCAAAUAAAUUCACAAUUUUUAAAUUUUUUAUAUCUUUUUAUAGUAGCUAAUAAAACAUGUGUUGAAAAUUUUGAAGAUUUGAAUAAGCUUAUAUCAUCAACUUUAGUUAUUUCAAAAAAUAUAAAAUAUUGUAACAAAAUAAAUAAAAUAAUCAAUAAAUCUGUAUUAACAAAUUUAAAAUCUAUUAACAGUAGUAUUCGCUCUACAUUCUUUCUAAAUAAUUUAAAGGAUAUAGUUAACUUCAUUUUUUAUUUGAAUAAAUCUAUAUCGAGUAAUGUAUAUGUAGGCCAUUCAAUUGUAUUGAAUAAAUAUGGAACAUUACCAAAAGUUUGUAAAAUUUAUGAAAAAAAAAAAAAAUGGGAUAAUAGGAAAAAGAAUAAUAAAAAUAAAAUAAGACUUUAUUUUUCACAAAACGAUUUUAAUGAAAAAUAUUUAAUAACAACAUCAUUUAAUGUAAAAAUUUUAGUUUAUAUUAAAAAUAUUUUUUUUAAUUUUUUAAAUCAACAAAGACAUAAUAUAAUAAAUAAUGGAAUAUUAUAUUUUUUGUUAAAAGGAAUAACAAAUUUAUAUGAGUUACAAAAAAAAAUAAAUAUACACACAAAUAAUAAAUAUACGUAUUUUUAUAUAAGUCAACAAGGAAUUUGCAAAAAAAGUAAAAUUAUAAAUAAUUAUAUUUUAAGAAUUAUUCAUGAUAUUAAUACAAAAAUAUUAUAUUUUUUAUCUCAAAUUUCUUAUAAAAUAUAUUUUUUAAAUUCCGUUAUGAUAAAAAAUGGUUACAUUUUUGAGCAAAUUGAUAAACAAAAUAAUGUUUUAUAUUACAUUCAAAAUUAUAUAAAUCAAGAAAAACAAAAUGUAGAAAAUAUUUUAAGAUAUUGUUUUUUUUCUACAUUUUUAAGUUCAUACAAAAUUAAUGAAAUUUCUUUGCCCAUUUUUUCAGUCAACUUUGAAAAUAAUAAUAAAUCAGAACAAAUCGAAAAAAGAAAUGAAAUAGAUAAGUUGGAAUAUGAAUUAAUGAAAAAAAUAUUAUCUGGAAUGAAGAUAAAAACAGAAGAAAUAAAAAAAGAGAAUUUAUUUUCAAUUAUUUAUAAUGAAAAAAAAAGAAAAAAAAUUAGUUCAAAAAAAGUUAUAAAGAACAUGAUUUUAAGUUAUAAAUAUAGUGAAUAUAAUUAUUUAAAAAAAUAUGAAUAUAAAAAAAAUGUAUAUAUGAAUAAAAUAUUAAAAAAUAUAGACAAAAAAGCUUUAAGACGAAAAAUUAACAAAAUAGACAAUGAAUUAAAAUUAAAUAGUGACUUUAAAAAUGUUAAUAAAUAUAAUAAAAUGUUUAUUUUUAAAUUUUAUAAAAAUAAAAUAAAACCAACAAAAAAUAAACUUAUAUUAAGGAAUAAUAUCAAAACAAUCAGACAUAUAGAAUCGAAUCAAAUUAUUGAACUACUAAUUAGCAUUCUUACUUUGUCUAUUCGAUAUAUUUUACGAAACAAGUUUUAUAAAAAUGUAUGUAACAAUAAUGAAUAUUUAAAAACAUGUGAAAAACUAAUAAUAUAUUUGUUAAAUUAUAUGAUGGUGUUAAAAAAACCUCAGCCAAUUAAUUUGAAUUAUCAUAUAUAUUUAAAAUUAGAUUUGUGUAUAAAAUUAUUAAAGUAUGCAUUCGCAAAAUUAUAUCAAAAUUAUGCUCAUAUAUUAACAUACUGGAAAAAAAUAAUAAAUAAAAAUUUAUCGAAUGAAAAAACAUUUAGAAAUUAUUUUGAAUAUGUUAAAAGUGAAGAAAUAAAUUCCUGUGAAAAUUUGAGUAUUCACAAUUUACAAAAUAUAAAUUUAAAUAAAAAUAAUGUAGAAACAUUAUAUAAUGAUAAUCAUUAUAUUGUAAAUAAUCAUAUAGACAAUAAUAAAAUUAAUUUGAAUAAAGAUAAUUUUUUUAAUUUAUUAAAUUAUCCAUGUAUAUCGCAAACAAAAUAUAAAUAUAAAUUAAGGAAUAAUACCAAUUAUACGUUUGAAAAUAAUUUUUUUUUUAAACAAGCUAGUAGUUAUAAAAAUAUAACGCACCAUAAUAUUUAUGAAUAUUAUAGACAUUUACAAAACAGUUCGGAUAAACUUUAUAAAUUUUUUAUUAAUUUAAAAGGAAAAUUAACAAAAAAGAAACGGAAAAAAAAAAAGUAUACAUUUGUUAAUUCAAAAUGUAGAAAAAAAAAUAAUAAUUUUAAAUUUGUACUUCCCUUUAAUUGUCUUAAUAUAAUUAAUGCCGAAAAAAUUUAUUUAUUUCAUAACCAUUUAAUAAAGGUUGAUAUAAAAAAAAAUAAACAAACAUCAACGGUUAACACAUUUAUAUUUUUUUUAUAUUCAUCUUUUAAUCUAAACAAUGUUGUAAAAACAAGUCCACAAUUUUUUCAAAUAAAAAAUCAAUCCAAUCAAACUUUUCUUCAGAGGGAUUAUUUUUUAUUUUUAUUUUUGGCUCGCAUUAUUCUAGAUCAGCGAUAUGAUAGGUAUGAGCUUAUUUCCAUAUACUCGGAUACUGUAAACAGUAGCCACCAAAAAAAACGUUUAUAUUCCCAUUUACUGGGAAAAUUAUACACAUAA